CAGAGCCUGCGCUCACACUCGCAGCCGGGCACCCGCGUACGGGCCCUGCAGGAUCUGGUGGAGCGGGUGCGUCGCCAGCGGCUGGACGACCUGCAACUGGUGUCGCUGGUAGCCGACGUGGCCGACCUUCUGGAGCCGACGGCGGCGCGCGACACGCGCCAGGCGGUGCUGGCCGCGCUGACGGCACUGGUGGCCGGCCAGCUGGAGCACAUGACGGCUGCCAAGGAGGAGCUGCUCGGACUGGUCGAUAGACACAAUGUCGCUGAGGACCUCCUGCCCAGGGUGCGUCUGCUGAGCGCGCUGACGGAGAACGGCCGCAACCUCACCUACAUCGAGGAGGAGAUGCCGUCGCUGCUGGUGCGCCUGCUGCCGGAGGCGCUGCUGCAGCCGGUGGCCGGCGGCGGUCAGCGCGAGCUGCUCACCCUCCUCCAGAACACGGUCAAAUUCAACGCCGCCUACGUGGAGCCGGAGCACGUGCGUCGCUGCGUGGAGCUGGUGUACGAGCGCGCCGCCGCCGAGCCGGGCGGCCUGGACACGGCCUCGUGCCUCUCCCUGCUGGACGUGAUCCUGUGCUACCGGGACCUGCCGCGCGGCGCGCUGGUCCGCCUGUCCGCACUGCUGGCCAGGCUGGUCUGCCGGCCAGAGCACGCCAAACACGCCUGGCGCAUCAUGAGGAACCUGCUGGGCACCAGCAUGGGACCGGUCACACUGCAGGUUCUGACCGACAUCAUCAUGAACCGCUCCAACGCCAACGACGCGCCGCUGCUGAAGGGCUGCGUGUUUUUCGGCGCCACGGCGCUGUGGGGCGGCGAGGAGCGGGUGGCCUCGCUGCUGCACCGGCCGGGCGCGCUGCUGCCGGCGCUGGCCGCCGCGCUCGACUCGCCGCAGCCGGCCGUCUGGCACGAGGUGGCGCUCGAGCUGCGCCGGCUGGUGAGCGGCCCUCAGGCCGGCGAGCUGCUGCCGCACGCCUGGGACGCCCUGCUGGACCUGGUGGACCGCCUGUACGGGGAGGCGGUGUCCGGCCGGCCGCCGCUGGCGCAGGCCGCGCAGCAGGUGCGCGCCCACCUGGCCGCGCUGCUGGCCGCCAUAGAGCAGCUGGUGGCGGCCGGACGGUUCAGCGGCGACGACGCGCGGCUGGCGCAGACGCUGGAACUGUGCGCUGCCGACCGACCCGAGGCCAACGUGGUGGCCACCGUGCGUGACACCGCCGACAGGCUGCUGACCUAUAGGUACACGUGGCUGCCGGAGCUGCGUCAGCUGGUGGCGCGCUAUUUCGAGCGGGAGCGGCGCACGGCGGUGCGUCUGGCGGUGUGUGAGGUCCUGCAGCGUGUCUGGGACGGGUUCCGCAGCCUGGAGGCGGGCCCGCUGCUGGAGACGGUGCUGCUGCGGCCGCCGCCGGACUCCCCGCCGAGCCGGACCCGCUGGUGCGCCCGCCUGGUGUCGCUACUGGUGCGCGUGGCGGGUACCUGCCGCUCUCCGCACUGUCUCGAGGUGAUGACCGUGCUGGAGAAGGUGCUGAACGCGCCACUGGAGGCCGGCAGACCGCCGGCGGCCGGGGAGAUCGGCCUGCCCGACCCGGCCACCGGAGUGGUCAGGUUCAGCCCGCACCUGCUGGCCGAGCAGAGGAACGCCGACGCACCGGCGGGCGGACCGGCGCCGGCAGCGGUCGAUGGCGCCCCGCACAAACUCGGCCCGUCGGAGACGCGCGUCAGCCUGGCCGGCGUGUGUCUGACGGUGAUAAGCGCGCUGCGCCACGAGCGCGACUUUGCGCUGCUCUCAGAGCUGCUGCGCCGCGUGCCGCGACUGCUCGAGAACAAGGCGCUGGUGGUGAGCGAGCACAGCGCUGACGUGGACUACUUCGCGCAGGCCAUGUGCCAGCUGACGGCGGACAUCACGCCGGCGCUCUGCUCGCGGCUGGUGAACGUGCCGGCUGAUGUGAAGACGUCCGACCUGCAGUCGCUGGUGUACCCCAUCCUGGUGUCGCUGACCUCCUACCAUGGACAUAUGAGCAUGCCCAUGCACCGGCGGCUGAUCGGCAGUCUGGAGAGCGGCCUGCGCUCCCGCUGCGCCCCGCAGUGUAUGACCGCGCUGACCGUCUGUGCCCUCGGUAUGCGAGAGGCCAUGGCCAAGGUCAUACACGACGUGCUCUUCGGCAUGUCCAAGCUUUCGGCGACGGUGGCGAUGGGGAACUCGGUGCUGGAGUUUAUCUCGACACUGAUCCGCAUCCCCAAGGUGUACUCGUGCUUUAAUGAAGAAAAGUACAUGUCCAUCUUCGCGAUCGUGCUUCCGUACACGAACCCGGCCAAAUUCAACCACUACAUUGUGUCGCUGGCACACCACGUCAUCGCGAUGUGGUUCCUCAAGUGUCGGGUCAAGUACCGCAGAGGAGUCGUAAAAUACAUCAUCAAAGGCCUGAAGACCAACUUCAGCAGCAUCCAAGAGCUGCUGAGGCAGCAGCAGGCCAGCAAGCAGGCAGCGGACAACGAAGACUCCAGCAACCGUCGCAG